ACUAAACGUACAUAAUGACCCUGUUUUUUUUGUUCUUUGAAUACAGCAGCUCCAGGUGGUUCCACUGUUUGGGGACAUGCAAAUAGAACUGGCAAGAUACAUCAAGACCAGCACGCACUAUGAGGAAAAUAAAUCUCGAUGGACGUGCACAUCUUCCAGUAGCAGCCCGCAGUACAACAUCUGUGAGCAGAUGAUCCAGAUCCGGGAGGACCACAUGCGCUUCAUCUCAGAGCUGGCACGCUAUAGCAACAGUGAGGUUGUCACAGGGUCUGGCCGCCAGGAGGCUCAGAAGACAGAUGCUGAGUCCCGGAAGCUCUUCGACUUGGCACUGCAGGGCCUGCAGUUGCUGUCUCAGUGGAGCGCCCAUGUGAUGGAAGUGUGUUCAUGGAAACUUGUGCACCCGACGGACAAGUACUCCAACAAGGACUGCCCUGACAACGCUGAGGAGUACGAGCGUGCCACCCGCUACAACUACACCAGCGAGGAGAAGCUCGCCCUCGUGGAGGUUAUCGCCAUGAUCAAAGGCUUGCAGGUGCUGAUGGGCAGGAUGGAGAGCGUGUUCAACCAUGCCAUCCGGCACACUGUCUACGCCGCGCUGCAGGACUUCUCCCAGGUCACCCUCAGGGAGCCCCUCAGGCAGGCCAUCAAGAAGAAGAAUGUCAUCCAGAGCGUCCUGCAGGCUAUCAGGAAGACUGUGUGUGACUGGGAGACAGGGCACGAGCCCUUCAACGACCCAGCCCUGCGGGGCGAGAAGGACCCCAAGAGCGGCUUCGACAUCAAAGUGCCCCGGCGAGCUGUGGGACCCUCCAGCACACAGCUCUACUUGGUGCGCACCAUGGCUGAGUCCUUGAGCUCUGCCGAGCUGCUGAGGCAGCUCAAGUCUCUGGGCAUGGAAAGGCUCUUGCAUGUAGUAAACGCGUUUCUGAGGCAGUCCUACACCUAUCCGCCUCUUUUAACCUUUGGUGCUUUAUAUGGUGAGAACCAUGCUAGAGUCCCUCAUUGCAGACAAAAGUGGUUCCAAGAAAACCCUGAGAAGUAGCCUUGAGGGGCCCACCAUAUUGGACAUAGAAAAAUUUCAUCGAGAGUCAUUCUUCUACACUCACUUGAUAAAUUUCAGUGGUAAGAGAUACUGCUGACCAGCGUCCAGCCUAGCAUGUUCUAACACUGCUAACACUGUCUAGAAUGCUUCCACCUGCCUGACCGUCCCCUGCUGUGGUCCCCUCACGCACCCAGAUGGCAACACGUCCUAAUCUUCAUGCCAUUCCCUCGCCUAUCGCUUUAAAUGCACAGCUGGCCAGAAACUUCCCUCCAUGUGAUAUGGCCCUUAGGAGGGUGAGGGCUGUGGGGCCAUGGGGCCGUGGCUGGCCCUGUGACCUGAAUACCAAGUUUUUGUAACCCGCUCGGAGUCAGAAGCACACGCGAAUGUAAUCUGUCACCUGGCUCGAGACCAAGACAGUGAUAAAUGUCAGAAACAGCCCCCAGGGGCAGUGAUGUAUGGAAGGUGGUAGGUGACCUGACACAG